UCGGCGGGCGCGCGGGAGGCGGGCUCGCCGGGCGGUCCCGGGCUCGCGAUGGGCAAGAAGCACAAGAAGCACAAGGCCGAGUGGCGCUCGUCGUACGAGGAUUACGCGGACAAGCCCCUGGAGAAGCCCCUGAAGCUGGUCCUCAAGGUCGGAGGAAGCGAGGUGACCGAGCUUUCUGGCUCUGGCCACGACUCCAGCUACUAUGACGACAGGUCGGAUCCUGAGCGGGAGAGACACAGAGAGAAGAAAAAGAAAAAGAAAAAGAAGUCGGAGAAGGAGAAGCACCUCGACGACGAGGAGAGAAGAAAGCGAAAGGAAGAGAAAAAGCGUAAGCGGGAGAAGGAGCAGGGCGACCCUGAGGGCGAGGCUGAUGAUUUUGACCCCGGCAAGAGAGUGGAAGUGGAGCCACCCCCCGACCGGCCAGUCCGGGCCUGCCGCACGCAGCCAGCUGAGAACGAGAGCUCGCCGAUUCAGCAGCUGCUCGAGCACUUUCUCCGCCAGCUGCAGAGGAAAGACCCUCACGGCUUCUUCGCUUUCCCCGUGACGGAUGCCAUCGCCCCCGGUUACUCGAUGAUCAUCAAGCACCCGAUGGACUUCGGCACCAUGAAAGACAAGAUCGGGGCGAACGAGUAUAAGUCGGUCACCGAGUUCAAGGCAGACUUCAAGCUGAUGUGCGACAACGCCAUGACGUACAACCGGCCGGACACGGUCUACUACAAGCUGGCCAAGAAGAUCCUGCACGCUGGCUUCAAGAUGAUGAGCAAAGAGCGGCUGCUGGCCCUGAAGCGCAGCGUGUCGUUCAUGCAGGACGUGGAUUUCUCUCAGCAGGCAGCGCUUCUGGGCGGCGAGGACGCAGCCGUCGAGGAGCCGGUGCCCGAGGCGGUCCCCGUGCAGGUGGAGACCGCCAAGAAGUCCAAGCGGCCGAGUAGAGAAACUAUCAGUUGCGUGUUUGAGCCGGAGGGCAAUGCCUGUAGCCUGACUGACAGCACGGCUGAGGAGCACGUGCUGGCGCUGGUGGAGCACGCCGCCGACGAGGCCCGGGACCGUCUGGACCGCUUCCUCCCAGGUGGCAAGAUGGGCUACCUGCGGAGGACCGGGGAGGGCAGCCUGCUGUACAGCGUGGUCAGCGCCGCAGAGCCCGACGCCGAUGAGGAGGAGACACACCCGGUGGACCUGAGCUCCCUGUCCAGCAGGCUGCUCCCCGGCUUCCCCGCGCUGGGCCUCAAGGAUGAGCGCCGGAGCAGAGUCACGUUCCUGUCCAGCGCCAGCACCGCGCUCUCCACGCACAACAACUCCGUCUUUGGCGAUCUCAAGGCCGAGGAGGCCGAGCUGCUCUACUCGGCCUACGGGGACGAGACGGGCGUGCAGUGCGCGCUGAGCCUCCAGGAGUUCGUGAAGGAUGCCGGGAGCUACAGCAAGAAGAUGGUGGACGACUUGCUGGACCAGAUCACAGGCGGGGACCACUCGCGGGCGCUCUUCCAGCUGAGGCAGAGGCGGAGCGCCCCCGGCGAGCCCUCGGGUGACGCGAAGGUGGGGGACUCGCUGGGAGACGGCAGCUCCGUCCUGGACUUCAUGGCGGCCAAGCCGUAUUCCGACGUCUCCCUGGAUAUCUCCAUGCUGGGCUCUCUGGGCAAGGUGAAGAGGGAGCUGGAGCCGGAGGACGGCCCCCUGAGCCUGGACGAGACGGCCCGGCUGCUGCAGGACCUGCAGGGGGCGCAGGCGGAGCGCGGGGGCUCCCAGCCACCCUCCAACCUCAGCUCACUGUCCAACGCCUCCGACCGGGAGCAGCAGCACCUGGGGAGCCCUUCACGCCUCAGUGUCGGGGAGCAGCCAGAGGCGACGCAUGACCCCUACGAGUUCCUCCAGAGCCCGGAGCCUGCCGCCCCUGCGAAGAGCUAGCGCCAGCCCGACCCCACGCUCGGGCGCCCGUGGCAGCGAGAGGACACAGGAGCCGGCAUGGCCCGGCCCUCUGAGGUCGGGGUCGCCUGCCCACGCGCUGCCCUGCAGGCGGGCGGGUGUCCUCCAGCCCCCUGUGCUCUGCCCGCUGGUGCCAGCCACACUUCUGGGGCAGGUGGGGCCGCCAGGCAGGCCGCAGGGCUGCCGCCUCCUGAUGGGCUGGCACUGCGUCCACACGCGACCCUCGGCCCGCCUGUCUCGACGCCCGUUUGCUUGUAAAAUGCGCGGGUUUUAAUAAAGACGUGCAGCGCGUGCAGUGUGGAGCUCGCGUGCGCGGCGGCUUCCUGCCCUCUGCUGUCCUGUCCACA